AUGCCGAAAAUGGGACUCAAAAGCUUAUUCUUAUUUAAAACAACACAAUCGCCACCUUCUAAAAAGACCUUCUCCCACGCGUUAACAGAGGAAAACAUCGAAGCCGCUCGUUCCAUAAUUUCCACAUGGGACCUUCUUUCUCCUUCCCACCAAACUCCUUCUCUCUGCCAACAAACCGUUCCUCUUUUCUCCAACACGCGUCAGGAAGCCAAACAGUACCUUAACGCCGUUAUGAGUCUGCAGACCACUAUGCACCACCUCGUCGAAUACGAUUCCAACUCGGAGAGCCUCGUUCAAGCCCAAUUCCUAAUGCAAAUGGCCAUGAAGAGGCUCCAAGCCGAGUUGUACCGGAUUUUAGCCGAAAACAGGGACAAUCUCGAUCCUCAAUCUGUCAUCUCAACCGAUUGUCGUGCCAGCAGCGUCUCCGACGAUGAAGAUUACGAUUACUCCGAGAACGAUUUCCGAUUCGCCGGCCCCGGAAGCUCCAUCUCCACUGUCGCCAUGGUGGAUUUGAAAGCCAUUGCGGAGUGUAUGGUUUCCGCGGGAUACAGCAAAGAAUGCCUAAAGAUUUACGUCCAGAUGAGAAAAGAAAUCGUGGAUGAUGCGAUGUGUCAUAUGGGAGUGGAGAGGCUGAGUUUCUCUCAUGUUCAGAGGAUGGACUCGGAGAUUCUGGAAUCGAAUAUUAAGUGUUGGCUGAACGCCUUUAAGAUCGCCGUCCGAACUCUGUUUCAAGGAGAGAAAAAACUCUGCGACUGCGUCUUCGGUUCGCCGGAGAGGAGGAUCGCGGAGUCGUGUUUUGCCGCGAUUUGCAGAGAUGCUAUGACGGCGCUGUUCGGAUUCCCCGAGAACGUGGCGAAGUGCAAGAAAACGCCGGAGAAAAUGUUCAUGACGCUGGACAUGUACGUAGCGAUCACUGAAAACCGGCAACAAAUGGAGUCCAUCUUAUCGUCAGAAUCAACCUCCUCCUUCAGAUCGCAGGUGUGGGCUUCUAAGGCGAAGCUCGGCGAGGCCGUUCGGACGAUGUUAACCAACUUCGAAUCUGCGAUUCAGAAGGAAUAUUCGAAGAUUCCCGUGCCUGGAGGAGGAAUCCACCCGCUCACGCGCUACGUCAUGAACUACAUCGCGUUCCUCGGCGAUUACAGGGAUGCGCUCGCUGAAAUAGUCGCAGAUUGGCGUCAGAAUCCGUUGCCGGAUUCUUACUACCGCAGUUCGAAUCGCGAGGGAACCAAAUGCUCGCCGGAGGUAGCUGAACGGAUCGCAUGGCUAAUAUUAGUGCUCCUCUGCAAACUCGACAGUAAAGCGGAACUAUACAAGGACGUUGCACUCUCUUACCUGUUUCUCGCAAACAACAUGCAAUACGUCGUCGUAAAAGUGCGAACCUCGAACCUAGGGUUCAUCCUCGGGGAGAAUUGGUUAACAAAACACGAAGCGAAGGUGAAAGAGUACGCUUCCAAGUACGAGCGCAUUGGAUGGGGCAAGGUUUUUGCGUUGCUACCUGAAAACCCGACGGCGGAGCAAGCGAGGGAGAUUUUCGAGAGCUUCAACGUCGCCUUCCAUGAAACAUGCAAGGCACAGUCCUCCUGGUUCGUACCCGACACCAAUCUUCGAGACCAAAUGAAAGCCUCGCUUACUGCUAAGUUAGUGCCAAUCUGCAGAGACUACAUCCACAAGUAUCAGAACGAAUCGGAUGCGAUUUCCGGGUUUUCGCCCGAUGAUUUGGCCAAUGAUCUCUCAGAUAUUUUAUCCGGUGGCGUUUCGUUGUCGCAAACUUCUUGA